CCCAAAAAUCCACCGAAUUCCAAUUACAACCCGAAAUAGGCAAGGAAUAAAGAAAGAAGAAAGGGCCAAAGAAGAGAGAGAACUGAAGAACAUCUCAACUUCGGCUUCCAGUUCCAGAACGAAGCUCAGAUUCCAUUGCUGCAACUCACACCAGAGUUUCCUUCUAAUCUCUUCAUCUCUGUAGCCGGCGACAACCCUCUUUUUCCCCAUUUCAUUCUUCAAUAUUCGCUGAUUAUGCCAGACGUGCAAGCCCUUGUGAAUGAUUUCGUUAUCAAACUUAAGAGGCGUAAAAUUGAGGGCUCCUUGGCCACCGCGAAGCAUACAGCUGAAUUGCUUCGUUCUGUCAUUUCGCAGCAGCGAAUACCCUACACGAACCAGGCGGCUGCUUUGAUUGAAGCUGUGAAAGCUGUUGGCGAGCAGCUGAUUGCUGCGAAUCCUGUUGAGCUUGCUGUGGGUAAUAUUGUGAGACGGGUUUUGCACAUUAUUAGAGAGGAGGAUCUCUCUCUCACCACAGCUUCUAUUGCUGGGUUGAGCUUAUCAGCAGUUAGUGAUGAUGAAGAUGACAGUGAAAAAGAUGAUCGCCCAGUCCUCUCAGCUGCUGCUGUUGCAGCUGCUGCAAGAAGCACUUUGCGUCCACCUUCCUUGCAAACUCUUCUUGAGGACGUGCCUAAUCAAACAUCGGUUCAUCAAACUUCAUCAUCUGGAGGUGAUUCAGAAGGAAAAAGCAAAUCUGUUGAUAAAAGUUCGAGGAGUCGGAAACUCAAGCAUGAUGUAAUUGAAGCUGUUAAUGAGCUCAUUCAGGAUAUUGCAACUUGUCAUGAACAGAUUGCCGAGCAAGCAGUGGAGCACAUUCAUCAGAACGAGGUAAUAUUAACUUUGGGGAGCUCCAGAACGGUAUUGGAAUUUCUCUGUGCUGCUAAGGAGAAGAAAAGGUCCUUCCGGGUGUUUGUUGCUGAGGGUGCUCCAAGAUAUCAGGGUCAUCUUCUUGCUAAGGAGUUGGUUACAAGAGGUUUACAGACCACACUUAUUACUGAUUCUGCAGUUUUUGCCAUGAUUUCCCGGGUGAAUAUGGUAAUAGUUGGAGCACAUGCUGUCAUGGCAAAUGGUGGUGUCAUGGCACCAGUCGGAUUGAAUAUGGUGGCCCUUGCAGCUAAAAGGCAUGCUGUUCCUUUCGUCGUGCUAGCUGGAAGUCACAAGUUGUGCCCUUUGUAUCCUCAUAAUCCCGAAGUUCUACUCAAUGAACUGAGGUCCCCAUCAGAGCUACUGGACUUUGGUGAAUUUUCAGAUUGCAUGGACUUUGGAACUAACACUGGCUCUCCUCUUCUCCAUGUAGUCAAUCCUACAUUUGACUAUGUGCCACCAUCACUUGUUAGUUUAUUUAUUACUGACACAGGUGGCCAUAACUCAUCAUACAUGUAUCGGCUUAUUGCUGAUUAUUAUUCAGCUGAUGAUUUGGUAAUUAAAAGAAGGCCUUCUACAGGCAGUUGACAGCUCCCUUCUCAUUCAUCAUAUAUGUAAGGGUUGCAGUUAGCAAUACAAACGAGCUGAUGAGAAUAAUCAUAAAUUUUUAGCCUUAACCAUGUAGAAAACCAUCAUCCUAGCUUCAAGAAAAGGGAAAGAAAAAGAAGAGAAAAAAAUUCAAAGUUGGCUGAACGAAGCUACAAGGUUUUGGCAAUUUUGUGUUUAUUGCAGAGUUUUCUAGCUGGGCUGAAGGUGUUGGUGUGAAAACAAUGGAAAUUGAUGGUGUUUUCUUUUUUGUUGUUGUUACUUUGUUUUGCUGCCUCAGGCCAGAAUUGUUUCUGCAGAUCACUGCCAGAAUCAAUGAAUCACAGAUAAAUCAAGAUCUUUUAGCAGUUUGCACAAGAAACUUUUAUCAUUUGUGAUUCUUUUUUUCUUCUCUCUUUAUCCCAAGCAUUAUUCCAUGUUGAGAGUUCCUGUAGAAAUGAGUUCUAAAUAGGCAAUAUCAUUAAGAUGAUCCCAUAGAUUAUUUAAAUGUCUCAUUCUUCAUAAAUCAGCGUUUGUUUUGAACUCUUGCAACUUA